AUGGAUUUAGCCUGGAGAGGGUACCUCCUGGUUCUCCUCUCAUCCUUGUGUCAUGGACGUGUCUUGAUAUCUGAUGGCCUGAUUGCCAUUGCUGGACCUCUGAGUCGAAGUACAGCGGGUCUUCAUAAUGAAGUAAUGCCAAAUAAUGAACUUGGGUGCAAUAAAAAUGAUCUACAAGAGGUAAAAGAACAGAUACCUGUUCUACGGAAGUAUGGAGUCACCGACUACAAGAUUUAUUUGGAUUGGAACUUUCUGCUCAAGGAUGAGACGCAAGUACAGUGCUACAGGAGCCUUGCCCAGGCCUUGGCCAAUGCUGGCAUCAGACCUGUUGGUGUCCUUCACAAAGGAGACCUCAGUGGUCUUCCAGCAUCCAUCAGUGGAGGCAAUCCAACUGAAAUGUAUAUAAAAUAUGCUGACUUUGCCUUCCAUACAUUCAGGGAUUUGGUCCACACCUGGAUCACCUUUGAUGUCCCCAAAGAGAAGACUCUAAACCCUCAGUCUUUGCAGGUUUUGACAGAAGCGCAUGAGAAGAUUUCGAUCCUAAGUCGCACCAAGUACGCUACAGCAGGUGGAAGGUUGUCUGUCGCUCUUCACCCGGCCGUAUUGGAUGCCUGUCUGUCACAAAGGGAGAAUUUCUUGCAAUCGGUUGAUUUUCUUGCACUGAAGAUCGAGUACAAUUGCCGGAAUUCAGAAGAGCUGCAGAAGGGGACAUCACAUCUGAACAUCAAAAAAGGUCUGGAGGUUCUGGUUUAUACUUUGUCAUUGAGUGACUGCACCGACCAGGAAGAAGACAAGAAGUAUAUCCCAGCUUUUAAAGUUUCAGAAGCGCUGAUUGGCUCCGGAGCUGUUUUUUUGGGGUAUGAUGUCAGUGAAUUUAUAUACCAGGCACAUGAUGAUAAAAUAAGGUCAAAGGAACGGCCAGACAGGUCUUUGUCCUCAUGGUCAGCCUUCACCACGGUUUGGCAGAAGUUCGGCAACCAAACUCCAGCAGAGCGUGACACAUUCUUGUCUGACACAUUUCCAAAUGGCUUCUUGUGGGGCUCAUCCACCGCAUCCUUUAAAGUAGAAGGAGGCUGGAUCGAGGGAGGAAGAGGGCAGUCUAUAUGGGACGUGUUUGGACAACAAGGCCACGCUAAUGACAAUGCCACUGGAAAUGUGGCCACUGACAGCUACCACAAGAUUGACUAUGACGUGUAUCUGCUGAAGGGUCUAAGGGCCACGACCUAUCACUUCUCCAUCUCUUGGUCCCGGAUCUUUCCAACAGGGCUUAAGUCCACAGUCAGUGCGGCAGGGGUGAAAUAUUACAACAAAUUAAUUGACAGAUUAAUAGAGGAACAUAUCACACCAAUGGUGACACUGUACCAUUGGGAUCUGCCCCAGGCCUUGCAGGAGACGGGGGGCUGGCAAGCUGACGCCAUCAUUGAUGCUUUUGCUGAAUAUGCCGAUUUCUGCUUUAACACCUUCGGAGACCGAGUGAAACAUUGGAUCACCUUCCAUGAACCCUGGGUGGUCAGUUAUGCGGGUUAUGGAACUGGAGAACAUGCUCCUAGAAUUCAGGAUCCAGGGAGCGCUUCACUCAAGGUGACCCACAACAUUGUGAAGGCACAUGCAAAGGCCUGGCACAUCUACAAUGAUAACUAUCGUGGCCAGCAACAUGGGCAAGUGGGCAUCUCUCUGAAUUCAGACUGGGCAGAACCGAUGAACCCCAAUGACCCAGAAAGUGUCAAUGCUACUGAGCGUUAUGUCCAGUUCAUGCUGGGAUGGUUCGCUCAUCCUAUUCUGGUAAAUGGAGACUACCCAGAGGUUCUAAAAACACAGGUACAACAGAAGAACACCCAGUGCCCCGGCAUAGUGGCUCCAUUGCCCACCUUCAGUGAAGCAGAGAGGACCUAUAUUCGGGGCACCGCAGACUUCCUUGGCAUCUCUCACUACACGUCCUGGCUAAUCAACGCUUCCAGCAGCUCCGUUUGUGAGAACAGUUAUGAUUUUAUUGGUGGAUUUUCUCAACAUGUUGAUCCUUCUUGGCCAACCACCGCCUCUCCGUGGAUCUCAGUGGUCCCAUGGGGCUUCAGGAGGCUUCUAAAUUUUGUCAAGGAAGAGUAUGGGAAAGCAGGUCUGCCGAUAUACAUAACUGGAAAUGGAAUGCCAGCAUCCAUUGUAGGAGAUGCAUUCAAUGACACAGAAAGAGUGGACUACCUGAAUGCCUAUAUCAAUGAGGCCCUUAAAGCCAUCAAGACUGAUAAUGUAUCUGUAAGUUCAUACAUAGUCCGGUCCCUGAUGGAUGGGUUUGAAGGUCCACAGGGAUACACCCAGAGCUUUGGUCUUCACUAUGUGAAUUUUGGGGAUUCAAACAGACAACGGACUCCCAGAAAAUCUGCCUAUGUGUUCAACACAAUAAUUGAGAAUAAUGGUUUUACGAAAACCAAAUCAGUUAAGCCCAAAGCUUCCGAUAUAAGCUGGCAAUCUGCAAGAAAGUUAGCACCCCUCCCAGCUUCAGAUGUUCCCUCAAAGGCAAAAGUUGUGUGGGAGAAAUUUUCAGGGCAAACUGCCUUUGAAAGAGACAUGUAUCAUUAUGCUACCUUUCCAGAAGAUUUUAAAUGGGGAGUAUCAACAUCAGCCUAUCAAGUGGAAGGAGGAUGGGAUGCAGAUGGAAAAGGACCAAGUACCUGGGACAAUUUCUCCAAAAUUCCAGGAAAUACUGAAAAUGAUGCCAAUGGUGACAUAGCAUGUGACAGUUACCACCAGUUAGAUGCUGACCUCUACAUGUUAAAGUCUCUAGGAGUGAACAGUUACCGCUUUUCUCUUUCAUGGUCCAGAAUCUUCCCAGCAGGGCAAGGCACACCCAAUGAUAAAGGUGUUGAGUAUUACAAUAAACUUAUCGAUGGUCUUCUAGCAAAUAACAUCUCUCCAAUGGUGACUCUUUUCCACUUUGAUCUUCCUCAAGCGCUACAGAAUUUAGGGGGCUGGGAGAGCGAUACAGUCCUUAAUGCCUUUCAUAACUAUUCAGACUUUUGUUUUAAGACAUUUGGAGAUAGGGUCAAGUUCUGGAUGACUUUUAACCAGCCACAUAGCAUUGUAACUGCUGGUUAUGGUCUUGGCCUGUUCCCACCUGCUGAAAUGGAGCCUGGUUCUGCUCCAUAUAGAGUAGCACACAACUUAUUGAAGGUCCAUGCCAGGGUCUACCAUACCUAUGAUGAGAAGUAUCGAGGUAGCCAAGGAGGUGUGAUCUCACUGAAUUUGAACACAGAAUGGAUAGAACCCAAAGACUACAUGCUGAAAAGGGACGUUGAAGCCGCUGAUCGCUACCUGCAAAUGACUCUAGGGUGGUUUGCUCAUCCCAUCUUCAAAAAUGGGGAUUACCCAGAGGUCAUGAAGUGGCAAGUGACCAACAAGAGUGCCCUACAUGGUCUCCCAUCUUCCAGACUUCCAACUUUUACAGAGGAAGAGAAGGCCUACAUCCAAGGCACAGCUGACGUUUUCUCUAUUAACAUCUAUACCACCAAAAUAGUUCAGCACAAGACUGCCAGGAUGAACCCUGUAUCUUUCCAAAAUGAUAUUGACAUUGAAGCGGAAGUCAAUGCCAACUGGCCAUCAACAGCCCUUUCUGUGCACAGGGCAGUAGCUUGGGGGAUGAGGAGGCUGCUUAACUGGGUAAAAGAAGAAUAUGGAGAUGUUGCUAUAUACGUCACUGAAAAUGGAGUCGCCACGAGCAGUGGCCCCGAUUAUGAAGACACCGCUCGUGUAUUUUUCUACAAGACCUACAUUGAUGAGGCUUUAAAAGCUUACAGCUUAGACGGAGUGAAUCUUAAGGGCUACACGGCCUGGUCUCUGAUGGACAACUUUGAAUGGAAUUCUGGGUACACCGUACGUUUUGGGCUACACCAUGUGGACUUCAAUAAUCCCAACCGUCCAAGGACAGCCAAACGAUCCGCCAUUUACUAUGCUGAGAUCAUUCGCAACCGCGGUUUCCCUCUGAAUGAGGAGGACAAGAUUCUGUAUGGAGAGUUUCGACCAGACUUUGCAUGGAGCGUAGCCUCAGCGUCCUACCAGAUUGAAGGUGGCUGGAGGGCUGAUGGAAAAGGACUGAGUAUCUGGGACAAGUUCACACACCUCCCAUUCAGGAUUGACAGCGAUGACAACGGUGAUGUAGCCUGUGAAAGCUACCACCGGCUCGACCAAGAUAUGGCGAUUCUUAAAGAUCUCAAAAUCACACAUUAUCGCUUUUCUAUUUCAUGGCCACGGGUCCUCCCAGAUGGAACACGGAACUUUGUAAACGAACCAGGGCUGAAUUACUACAUCCGUCUAGUGGAUGCCCUUUUGGCUGCAAAUAUUACACCACAGUUGACAAUAUAUCACUGGGACUUACCGCAAGCUCUACAAGAUGUCGGAGGCUGGGAGAAUGAGACAAUAGUAGAAAGAUUUAGGGAUUAUUCCGAUCUGCUCUUCCAGAGACUGGGAGACAAAGUGAAGUUCUGGAUCACUCUGAAUGAACCCUACAUUAUCGCCAAUCUGGGGCACGGAUAUGGCACAGCGGCACCAGGAGUCAAUACAAGGCCUGGACAAGCACCAUACACUGUUGGACAUAACCUCAUCAAGGCUCACGCCGAGGCCUGGCACCUCUACAACUCUACGUACAGGGCGAGACAAGGAGGCGUAAUUUCUAUAACCAUCAACUCCGAUUGGGCCGAACCAAGGAACCCAUACAAGCAGGAGGACGUGGAGGCAGCGCGCAGAUACAUGGCGUUCUAUGGAGGAUGGUUUGCAAACCCAAUAUUCAACAAUGGCGACUACAACGAGAUAAUGAAAUCCCGGGUGCGAGAGAGGAGCUUAGCGCAAGGCCUGACGAAAUCUCGGCUUCCUGAAUUCACAGAGGAAGAGAAAAAAAGAAUAAAAGGAACAUAUGACUACUUUGGCUUCAAUCACUACACCACCGUCUUGGCUUCUCCCCUCAAUUUCCCCCAAAGCACACAGUCAUAUGAUGCAGACAGGGGAGUGGCGACUAUGGCUGACCGCAGCUGGAUUGGCUCCGGCUCUAUUUGGCUCAAAGUGACCCCUUUUGGUUUUCGGAGGAUUCUGAAUUGGAUAAAGGAACAAUACAACAACCCCCCUAUUUAUGUGACCGAGAACGGAAUAUCCGAACGUGGGACGAACCUAAAUGACAAAUGGCGGGAUCACUACUUCAAGCACUAUGUCAACGCGGCUCUGAAAGCGGCUAAGUACGAUGGGGUGGACCUCCGUGGCUAUACCGCAUGGUGCCUGAUGGAUAAUUUUGAGUGGGCGGCAGGUUACGUAGAAAGGUUCGGUUUCUAUUACACAAAUUACAGUGACGCGAAUCUGAUGCGCACCCCGAAAGAGUCUACCAAGUAUUACAGAAAACUCAUCAGGUGUAAUGGAUUCCCAGACCCGGACAGCAAUCAUCCAUGUCUAGAGCUGGAGCCAGAUGCGACCCCUGAUACACCAAUAUCCGACAGCGUCAGUUUCCUGGGACUGGACAUCUCUACAGAGGAUGCCAUGAUCGCUUUGUAUGUGGAGUUUGCCCUAGUGCUCACCUCCGUCUUGGUCAUUAUCCUGUUUAUAGUGAUGUACGUGAAGCUGAAGAAGAAGUUAAAGUUGGCUGAAUUGUUUUAG